GCAAUAUCAGGGGAUCCUAGGCUUGACCACAGCGCAUCUCUAAACACCCGAUCAAUUAGUGCCAGUAAACGUACAACACGCCUGCAAUAAGGAAUAUGUCAACUGGUCUAUCCACCCCAGCUGCACUAGACGCUGCCAACGCGCUUCGCCGGGCUCCAAGAAGGCAUAGGGCACCCCAUGCUAAGUCGCGCAAUGGUUGCUACACUUGCAAGCAACGAAGAGUCAAGUGCGAUGAAGUUAGACCUUCUUGUGGCGCGUGCUUGUCCCGGGGAGACCCAUGCACAUUUCCCACACCAGCUACAUGCUUCCCAAUACUAUCGGAGACCGCCAGGCCCCGGAAGAAAGACAAGCGUCACGUUCGCGCAUCAGACUCCUUGCAGCCCUUGGAAUUCCACCAGUCUGGCUUAUCAGCAAGACCAGCGCCAGCACAGCAUGGCGGAGCAUUUGACUUUGCUCAAAUGAGCCUGUUAACUAGGUUCUUGCUGCAUACUUCCAGGACCAUGAAUCUGCACCCGAAAAGAAUAAUGGUUUGGCAGCGAGCUAUUCCUGAGAUUGCUAGGAAAAGAGAGUAUCUGAUGCAUCUGCUACUUGCACUCGCCGGUUCACAUGCUCGGUAUGAAUAUUACGUAUCAGAGCUGGCAGAUCCAACCUCGGCUCCUUACCAGGACAGUGACUGCGGUGUUGUCGAUUCCUCAACAGACCGUGACCUCCACUGCAUUGUUACACACCAUCAGAAAGGGCUUCAGGGUUUCCGAGAGGCUCUGGGUCAAAUAUCAUCUAUAACAGCCGAGGAGGUCUUUUGUGGCUCGAUACUAAUCACCGCUUUUGCAUUUGGUUCUUUAUCGAUCUGUGACCCGGAUACGAGUACGGAGCCUGGGUCCAGCAAUGGUGACGAACUUCCGUCUACUGGUUGGCUUCAUCUAUGUCGAGGAAUGGUAGGCGUGGUUAGUGAGCAUUGGGCCACUCUAAAGCUUGGUAGCCUGAGAUGCAUGUUAUUUUAUGAAUACGCCAACGACGAUUGGAGGUCGUUUGGGGGCCCUCUACCCCCACCAAUCUACCCGCGUCUGGCUCAGGCCUCUCGGACGGUAUCUAUAUUCGCACAAGGCGCCUCCCGGGCGCUCGAGAUGCUUCGUACCUUUGCAACAGCCUUUUCUUCAAGCCCAGCAGCAAGUCCUGCGACAUGUUCGUCCAUUUCUCAAUUUACAUCGGAUUCCCAGUCGGACACGGCGGGUGCUUUCGAUGCCGACUAUAGCAAUGCUAUCGAGACGCUCGAGGAGAUGUACAUGCGCAUUCUAUACGUGCUUCGGUUUUCGGAAAGCGGGCGUGAUUGUCCAGCAUCGCGAGACCUUCAGAUUGACCUAGAAGAUGCGGCCCUUACUUCCUGGCCUCAGAUGCUGUCCAAUUCCUUCAUUGCGUCCCUCACUAUAAAAGGCCAGCUUGAGGCUGCUGGUGGAUUUUCUUUUACUAUCUUGGCGCAUUUCUACUUGACCCUUGUCCUGCUUGAAGAUCUGUGGUAUCUGAAUCGAGGAGCUCGUAAAGAGAUUAAAAAAAUAGCUCGUCUUGUCAGCACGCUCAACAACAGCACACUUUGUACUUUGAUGCAAUGGCCAACCGCUGUACUAGGGGAGAGCUGAGUCGAGUUUAAUCUUUCUGUUGAUAUAGGGACCAACAUAGCCGGCUGGUAGCACUCAUGAAGGGCUCAGGUACAGGAUUUUCUGGUAUUUUAUCCAACCGAGCGAGACAGAAGCUUUCACGAACCGCAGAACAUGGCCCGGCAGUUUUUUUUGGUACUUGCCAGGGUGUGGUAUGAUUGUAUCCGGAACGAACAACCUCUCACACCUAUCUGACUGCUGGUUGCCGGAUACAUUUACCAGCCGGGGGCGGCAAGGGGUACUCGACAAAUCCGCCGAUGCAGGUCUUCUCAAGACCUCAGUCACACUCUUUCAACCGUUAUCCUCGGCCCAUGCUCCUUUCUAACAGCCACAACGGCUCCCCUGCAUCUUGUCCGGUGCAUACUUAGCGAUUCGGACGGUCUAACUUCGUCCAACAAGCCGGAACCGCUCCAUCGCCCCUUUUGGGUUACGGGGAUGCUAAGAAGGGCUUCUUAGGUGGGACUUCCCAAGCAGACUAUUUGUAGUAGAAUAUUUGAAAGAACUAUUCGUGUAUUUCGCCUGGGCGGGCUCCACGGCGGCUUUCGUUGUCAUCUAUUUAUUUGAGGGUUGGAGGGUUGGAGGGUAGCAGCGUUAUAUACUAUAUAAGAAGGUCCUAUUUGCGCG